AUGGCUUAUCCGGGUCUUUCUGUCGCCCAGGAUCGGCCUCCGACUCCGAAAAUUUCCUCCAACUUUGAUCCUUCAAACAUCGGUAAGUCUGCUGUUCCUUCAAUUCAUGCUAGGGUUACUCCUACGAGGGUUUCAUCUGCUAGGGUUGAGUCACAUGAAACACCACUUGUCACGACGGGGACUCCUUCAAACCCUAAUCAGGAUACAGGGAACUCUACUUUGAAUCCGGUGGAAGAAUUUCAGUUUGCUUUAAUUGGACGCAUUCUUUUGCGGGAGGGAGACAAGCCACGACCUUAUGGGGACAUUAAGAAGGAGCUUCAGGACUUAUGGAACAUUCAAGGCCCUUGGAACCUGAUUCCCAUGGGAUCGAUAAGGCUUCGCGAGUGGGUGAAGGUUUUUGAUCCUUAUCGGGAAGUGUCAUCUCUUUGUCAUACGUGGGUUCGUAUUUAUUAUCUCCCGGUUGAAUGCUGGCAUCCGAAAGUGAUUAUUGGGAUCAAUCGACACAUUGGUCUGCCUAUCAAAAUUGAUAACGCCUCUGGGGCUGGACAAUUUGGUCACUUUGCGAGGAUUUUGCUGGAGAUUGAUCUAGCUUUACCGCUGCAAGAAUCUUUACUUGUUAACUGCGAUGAAGGAUCGUUUUACGUGGAAUUUGUUUACGAACAGCUUCCGCACUAUUGUACUCGUUGCAAGAUAACGGGACACUCUCUAGACAAGUGCAAGAAGGCGGAACAAAAGGACAGUAAAGCGCGUAACGUGACUGAAGAAAAGCCUCAACCAGAACAACGAAAAGAGAAGGCGGCAGCGGUCUUUAAUUCAAACAUCCAGAAUCAGCAUAAUUGGAAAGUAAAUGAUGCAGAGAUGAUCAUUAUCGAUAAGGAAGCAGAGGAAACUUUAUCGACGGGUAUUAAUGUUGUGGAACAUCAAAAUGCUUUUAAGGCUCUUGAAGGGAUUUUGGAGGAUAUUAGUGACGAAGAAGAAGGGUUUGAGGAGGAACGUGGCAUUAUGGGGGAUACAGGAACUAAUGUUGCUGUGGUGGAAGGAAAAGGGACAUCUUCCUCGGAUAUGCUUAACAGAAAGUUAGCUGAGGCUUAUGCAGCUAGACAUAAACCUAGAGACUAUCAGAUUGUAACUGCUAAUUCCUCAAGUGCUCAGGCGAUUAUUUUACAUUGUUCGUGGAAUAAUGAUUCGUUUAAGGUGGCCAUUAUUCACGGUGCUAAUAAUUACUUGGAUAGGCGUCAGUUAUGGCUGGAUCUUCUUAAUCACAUCUCUGGUCCUUCGGUGUUCAUUGGCGAUUUUAAUGCGGUAAAGGGCGCUCAUGAGAGGAGUAGUGAUUGUUUGCCUUAUGCCAUUUCUUGCAGGGAUUUCCAGGAUUUCAUUGAAGCCACGGGUUUCAUCGAGCCUUCCUCUGUUGGUUUGAAAUUCACGUGGUUCGGUCGUAGAUUUAUGCCGUCUCAUAUUGAAUCCACUAUUGACCGUGCUCUUUUUUCUGAAGACUUUGCGGAUAAGUGGGACGUGGUUUAUACGCAAGCUCUGCCUCGGAAUACCUCUGAUCAUUCGCCCCUGGUGCUCCAUUGUGAAAAGAAUUUGAGGACUAAUAACAGUGCGCUGAAAAUUUGGAACAAAGACGUUUUUGGUCAUGUGGAAAACGCCUUGGCCGAUUCUAGCAAAGAGCUUUUGGAAGUUCAGCAGUUGAUUGCAGAUUAUGGGUAUUCUGAAGAACUCUUUGAUAAAGAAGUUGCUGCUCAAGCUAGGAUUCUACUCUUUCCAGAAAACACAGCUUGCUGCAGCAAAAGACUUUUUCAUGAGACUAGCCAAGAGGAGGUUGAUAUCACCGCUAUUGAGGCUUCUAUUGAUCCAUUGAUUGAUGAUUUUCAUAACGCGCUCCUGACCAAGAUCCCUGAUGAGGAGGAAAUCACGGCGGCGGUUUUCAGUAUGGAUGCAUCGAGUUCUCCUGGGCCAGAUGGUUUCUCUGGAAAGUUCUUCCAGUCUUGCUGGUCGUUGGUUAGAAAUGAUGUUUGGAAAGCUGUGCGUACUUUCUUUGAGAAGUCUUAUCUUCCUCAUGGUUGUAACUCCAGCAUUAUGGUUCUCCUUCCUAAGAAAGACAUGGUGGAUACUGUUGGGGAUUUGAGACCAAUUGUGUUAUCGAAAUUCUUUUAUAAAAUCAUCCCGAAGAUCCUGGCUUCGCGGCUGAGUGUGGUGGCUGCCAAGUUUGUUUCAGGUAACCAAUUUGGCUUUAUCAGCGGUAGGACUAUACAUGAUUGUAUUAUGCUCGGUUCUGAAGGGGUCAACUGUAUGCGGCGCACUGGUGGGGUAAAGUCUACCCUGGACAUAUGCGCACCUGUGCAUCGCAUCCAGAUGCGAACACGUGUCCCGCAAAGAAAAUCCACUCGGUCCAAUAUUUGA